AUGAACGGCCCGUCAUCGCUCAAUCAGUCCAUCACAGCUGGAUGGGCCGUCACGCCUGUUGCUUCCUCAUCUACCAGUACCGCAUCCGCAGCGAACGGAUCAGCCAAUCUGACAGCAAAGAAGCGUCUUCGCCGGACCAACCUCAACAAUGCCUCUACCGACCCACAAGGGAGUGGUAGCAAUGCCGACCCAGACCGCCCACCCACGCCUCGGCGAAAGAAACCAAAGUCAGACCGGGGAGCUGUACCUUCGAAGUACGCCCCACCGGACCUCAAAUUGUCGUCUUUAGGCGGACUGCGGGCGCAGAUCACGCAGUUGAUGGAGAUUGUGGUGUUGCCUCUGUUACAUCCGGAGAUCUAUCAGCACACGGGUGUUCCGAGGCCGAGAGGAGUACUACUCCAUGGUGUGCCAGGAGGGGGAAAGACGCAGCUGGUCAAGUGCUUAGCUGGAGAACUCGGCUUCCCCUUCUUGAGCAUAAGUGCUCCCAGCAUAGUCAGCGGGAUGAGCGGGGAGAGCGAGAAGACAUUGAGAGAUACCUUUGACGAGGCCAAGAAGCUUGCGCCAUGUCUGCUCUUCCUCGAUGAGGUCGACGCCAUCACACCGAAGCGGGAGACAGCGCAACGAGAGAUGGAGAGGAGAAUAGUCGCGCAACUCUUGACUUGCAUGGAUGAUCUUGCAUCGUCAGAUGAACCGGUCGUCGUCAUUGGAGCUACAAACCGACCAGACUCACUUGAUCCGGCGUUGCGGCGAGCCGGAAGGUUCGACCACGAAAUAGAGAUGGGCGUGCCGAGCGUAGAGGGGCGGGAAGAAAUCAUCCGGGUCCUAUGCGGGAACCUGCAUCUAUCCGAAGAGAUUGACUUCCGGUGGCUUGCCAAAUCGACGCCUGGCUAUGUCGGCGCGGAUCUCACCUCCCUCGUCACCGAAGCAGGAGUGAUCGCCGUCAAGCGGAUCUUUGAGGAAAUAGGGGAAGGCAGACUCCCCUCGACAGCCGAACCUACCGCCCCUCCCACUCCUAAUGCCAACACCACCGACGCAGCCCCUUCCAUCCCCCUCGACCUAGACCAACCGUUCAUGACCCUCCCCCUCGACAUCCGCUCCACACCAAUAGCCAAAUUCCUCAUAUCCCAUCCCGGUCCUCUCGAUCCAUCGCAGCUCGCUUCGCUCUCGCUCAAGUCUGACGACUUUACGCAGGCGCUCAAGAUCGUUCAGCCCUCGGCUAAGCGGGAAGGUUUCGCCACCAUUCCGGAUGUAUCAUGGGCGGAUAUUGGGGCGCUCGAGACGAUCCGGGACGAGCUGCACAUGGCUAUCGUCCAGCCUAUACGGCAUCCUGAGCUGUUCUCGGUGGUGGGUAUCGAUGCGCCAAGCGGAGUGUUACUUUGGGGUCCGCCAGGAUGCGGAAAGACGUUGCUGGCCAAGGCGGUCGCGAAUGAGAGUAGGGCGAACUUCAUCUCGGUCAAGGGACCGGAGCUUUUGAAUAAGUACGUCGGAGAGAGUGAGAAGGCGGUCCGUCAGGUCUUUGCUCGUGCUCGAGCUUCAUCCCCCUGCGUGAUCUUUUUCGAUGAGCUGGAUGCGCUCGUACCGCGAAGGGAUGACUCUAUGUCCGAAUCUUCUGCACGUGUCGUCAACACCCUCCUGACCGAGCUGGACGGCCUCGACGCUCGCAAGGCCGUCUAUGUGAUUGGAGCCACCAACCGACCUGACAUGAUCGACCCUGCCAUGGUCCGUCCCGGCCGACUCGACAAGCUUCUCUACGUCGACCUGCCCAGCGCUAGCGAGCGUUGGGAGAUCCUCAAAACCCAUACUAAGCGCACGCCCAUCCCCACGGAAUGUAUGGACGACAUCAAGCUCAUUGUCGAGAGCUCGGAUUGCGACGGGUUCAGCGGUGCGGACAUCGCCGCGCUCGUCCGCGAGGCUGCUACGUCUGCUCUGCGGGGCGCGCUCGAGGCGGUCGGGGCGUUCGAGAAGGAGAUGGCGUCCCUGAAGCGGGGUGAGGGAGCAGGUGAUGGGGCCGAGCACCUCGCAGAGAGGAAGGAGGUCCGGGUGCGCACGGAGCACUUUGCAUUGGCGGCGAAGAAGACGCUGCCGAGUGUGAGCAAGGAGCAGAGGGGGCGGUAUGAGCGUAUGCGGGACAAGUACGCGGGACUGCCGACGAGACGGAGGGGGAGGGAGAAGGAGGAGAUUGGGAGUGGGGAGCAGCAGAGUGCAGGGGACAAGGAAGGAGCGAAGGAGAAGGAUGGAGGGAUGUUAGCUUGA